AAACGCAGGAUCCAAGGACAAGUCUUCGUAAUCAAGGCAGCGAAUCGAACAAACUUCAAAGACCUCCUUUUGGUGUCUCUUUCCUCUCUCAAAAGGUACACGGUUUCUAGCUUCCGAAGAUGUCGACGUACAAGCUGACCUAUUUCGACGUCCGCGGACGAGGUGAGGUGAUUCGUCUGGUCUUCGCACAGGCCCAGGUCGAGUACGAAGACGUACGAAUUCUGCCUGCCGAGUGGGAUAGCAGCAAGACAGACAGGUCAAGAUUCCCAAUGGGCUGUUGUCCAGUCAUGGACUUGGAUGGGAUGACCAUGAUGCAAAGUAUGGUCAUAGCUCGCCAUCUCGCAAGGAAAUUUGGGCUGGCUGGUAACGAUGAGAAGGAGAUGACUAUGAUUGACAUGAUGAGUGAUCUAUGCACUGACAUGCUCAAUGAGAUGUUUGAACUUAUCUUCGAGAAAGACGCCAAGCGAAAGGAGGAUAUGACGACAGCGUUCGCGAAGAAGUCUGAAACUUACAUGUCCGUGUUUACUGGCUGGUUGGAAAAGAAUGGUGACGACAAAGGAUUCCUUGUUGGAAAUACGGUAACAUUGGCAGAUCUAGCGCUCUUCAACCUCCUCGAGCAGUUGUCCACCAAGCACGCAGACAUAUUGACCAAGAACCCACCAAUGCAAGCUUUCCUUGACCGCGUGAAGGUAGAACCCAAUGUCGCCGCCUGGUUGGAGAAGAGACCGAAAGGAGAGAUGGAUAUCUAAAGUCUGGAGUCCUCUUAGGCUGACCUUGGGCAUUUUAAAGCCCGUCUGUAUUAGUUUGGCCAGGGAGGAUUAGACCUCCCUGCAUGGUCACUGGACAGGUGUUUAUCUCAUCAACU